UCAGGAAAGGAGGAAUCAAUAAAUCAUAGAGAAGGAACGGUAACCAUUAUUGGCAGAACAUGCUUACUGUAGCCUUUUAAGUGGCUGCUUGCUUCCUGAGACUUUCUUCUGAUCUGCUCUGGGGUGGCAUGUAGGCAGCAGGCCCUGUUAUAAGCCGUUCUUCUCUGAGGGUGGUUCCCCUCAGAGACCUUAUUUUUAAAUGCAUGAACUUUCAGUACAGUAUUAUUUAUGCUGCUGGCUCUUUUAUGUACAUAUGUCUUGAACUCCUGACUUCAAGCGAUCCACCUACUUCAGCCUCCCAAAGUGCUGAGAUUACAGGCAUAAGCCACUGCUCCCAGCUAAUGUACAUAUGUCUCUUAAUAGAGACAUGUUAGAUAGUAAAUAUGUCCCUAAUAGAUGGUAAGCAGGUAUAGUGGUAGGUAUAAAAUUCAGACCUUUAUAUUCAUUUUAGGCAAAUGAAAACAAGACCUGGAGAUUUUAUUGAUUGUUUAGAUUCAGUUGAAGACACCAAAGGAAAUAAUGGAGAUAGAGGUAGACUCUUGGUAACAAAUUUAAGAAUUCUCUGGCACUCUUUGGCAUUAUCAAGAGUCAAUGUUUCUGUCGGUUACAAUUGCAUAUUGAAUAUUACAACAAGGACUGCUAACUCUAAAUUACGAGGCCAAACUGAAGCUCUUUAUAUACUAACAAAAUGUAACAGUACUCGUUUUGAAUUUAUAUUUACAAAUUUGGUUCCUGGAAGCCCUAGACUUUUUACUUCUGUGAUGGCAGUACACAGAGCAUAUGAAACUUCUAAAAUGUAUCGUGAUUUUAAAUUAAGAAGUGCACUAAUUCAGAACAAGCAACUAAGACUGUUACCACAAGAACAUGUAUAUGAUAAAAUAAAUGGAGUAUGGAAUUUAUCCAGUGAUCAGGGCAAUUUAGGAACCUUUUUUAUUACCAAUGUGAGAAUUGUAUGGCAUGCAAAUAUGAAUGACAGUUUUAAUGUCAGUAUACCAUAUCUGCAAAUUCGUUCAAUAAAGAUUAGAGAUUCAAAAUUUGGUUUAGCUCUUGUCAUAGAAAGCUCUCAGCAGAGUGGUGGAUAUGUUCUUGGCUUUAAAAUAGAUCCUGUGGAAAAACUACAAGAAUCAGUUAAGGAAAUCAAUUCACUUCACAAAGUCUAUUCUGCCAGUCCCAUAUUUGGAGUUGAUUAUGAGAUGGAAGAAAAGCCCCAGCCACUUGAAGCUCUGACAGUCGAACAAAUUCAAGAUGAUGUAGAAAUAGACUCUGAUGAUCACACGGAUGCUUUUGUGGCUUAUUUUGCUGAUGGCAAUAAGCAACAAGAUCGUGAACCAGUAUUUUCAGAAGAACUGGGGCUUGCAAUAGAGAAAUUGAAGGAUGGAUUCACCCUACAGGGACUUUGGGAAGUAAUGAGUUGAUUGAUCUUGAGUUGAGAUGGAUUUCUAUUAAAGAUAUCUCUAGUUUAAAGAUA